GUUUCAGAGAGUAAAAAGCAGUGUAGGCAUCAGAGGAGCUCUCUGCCCUAAAAAAUGCAUGGCGAUAAGGACUUGUAGGGUACCCCUUCCACCCAAAGCUCUCUCUCUCUCUCUCUCUCUCCAUUGCUUGUUAUUAGGUCACCAAGCUCUGUCCUUCGCUUCCUCUUCCUCCAUCCAAUGGCUUCUUCUGUAAUUUUCUCUGAGUCAGAAAAUUACGGCCAUGAAUGGCGAAAAGUGUUCGACCUUUAAUUCAAAAUCCCAAAAACAAAAAGAAGGGAGGACAAAAGAAAUCUUUGAAAUUCAACUUCUCUUCUCCAUUUCCUGUUCUUCUCCUUGUGCUGCUCUGCAUUUCUUUAUAAGAGCUUCCAAUCAUUUACUUUUUCUGUGAUAUAUAUAUAUAUAUAUAUAUUGCCAAGGAGUUUAGCUGGGUUGACUGUUAGUACUUUAAUUUGAGUUUCGUUUCUACUAGUUAGGUGGGCUUUAAACUUGGUUUGAUUGUGUUAUCUCUGCCUCUGAGGUUUCUCAUUUCUAAAAGAAAAGCUAAGCUUGGUGCUUAGGGUUUCUAAUGUGUUGGUGAAAUUGGAAACUGCUCGAGCUUUUAACUUUAGCUUUUCUUUGAAAGACUUUGGCUUUUCCCCGUUCCCUCUGUGCUUUAUCUUCCCGAUGAAACUUUGAAUCUAGGGUUUCGUAAGCUGUAACGAGUUCAAAUUUGCUUUAAUUUAAGUUGAACCGUGACUCUUUGAAUUUAAACUCCUCUUCGCUCGUUUAUUCUUUGAAUUUAAACAUCUAGGUCUCCGUAGUUUUGUUUGACAGUGCUCGAGCUUUCCUCUCCUCUGGGUUCUGUUGCUUUUUUGUUUUCUUUGAUGCUUCGUCGUUGUUUUUUCUCGUUGGAGGACGUUUUAGUAUCAUAGGGUUCUUCGUUGCUCCGCUCCUUUACAUUUAGAAACGUUCCUAUCUAGUAUUUCUCCUAUUUUCUUAUUUUUUCAUAGAGUUCCCUACUCUUUGUUUUUAUUAUGUAAUUUUUAUUUGUCUUUUACUUUUGUUUAAGAAAGGGAAAAAGGUUAGUAUCUUUGAUUUUCAAUACUCCACUCCUGAAGCUUUUGUGUUGUUUUACAUAAUCCUUUAGAGUUUAAACCCUCCUUUCUUUGAGCACAACAUUAUCUACACAAGCUCCCAACUUUGUGUUUCUUGAUGGGUUCAACUGCAAUUUCGUCCUUCCAGACUACACUUUGAGCUUCAGUGGAGGCCUUUCACAUGGGAUUUUAGCAUAUUUAAAUAUUUGAUUGUGCUUUUUGUAGUUUUGUUCAGCAUCAGGGCACAAUCAAGUGCAUUUUCUUUCAAAUACCCCUUGGUUUCCGUUUAUUCCCUGCUGCUCUCAUUGGUUACUGCAGGUCCAAUCGGGUAUUUGCUUGGACUUUCUUCGUUAAUCCUGUUGAAUUUCGUUCUUUAUGUAGAGCUCGCACAGUUCAUCCGAGGUUGAUACUGUGCAGAAAUUCCCGUUUAAACAUUUCUAGUAGUCUUUUCGUUCUCCCCAAUUGGUUGGCUUUCUUGAAGAGCCACGGUUCAGUUGGAUGCUCUACAUUCUUGCUGUGUAUUUAUAUACCAUAGUUAGAAGAAACAACCUCAAAAAGCUUAAAUUCAUAGACUUUUAGUGAAGGUGUGGCUGUGGUUAUCUUUAGAAUAAAUGCAUGGAUGGGAGAGAAGCCAUGGCGAUGUCCGGGUCUGCAUCUUAUUAUAUGCAGCAGCGAGGGAUUUCUGGGUCAGGACCGGGAGCACAGGCAGGGUUACAUGGACCACCUGGCAUUCGGCCGUUAUCCAGUCCAAGUAUGCCCAUUCAAUCAAAUAUUGGGGGUAGUUCAGUUGGAUCAACAUUCCAAGUAGAGUCUUCCGCGGCCAUUUCACCUCAUGCCGCUAACGUGGGUGUGCCAUCAGGAAUGGCCCGAAUUUCCGAGCCGGUAAGAAGGAAAAGGGGAAGACCACGAAAAUAUGGACCUGAUGGAACUGUAGCUUUGGCAUUGUCUCCCUUGUCCUCUACCCCUUCUCCGGCGUCACUUACACCUACCCAGAAGCGGGGAAGAGGGCGGCCACCGGGAACUGGGAGGAAGCAACAACUAGCUUCUCUUGGUGAGUGGCUCUCUGGUUCUGCUGGAAUGGGUUUUACUCCUCAUAUCAUCACAAUUUCAGUAGGGGAGGACAUAGCAACAAAAAUAAUGUCAUUCUCACAACAGGGACCAAGGGCUGUUUGCAUUCUCUCAGCCAAUGGUGCUGUCUCGACUGUUACUCUUCGGCAACCUUCUUCUUCUGGUGGCACUGUCACAUAUGAGGGCCGAUUCGAGAUAUUAUGUUUGUCAGGCUCUUAUAUGCUCACUGAUAAUGGUGGUUCACGCAGCCGGACUGGUGGUCUUAGUGUCUCUUUAUCUAGUCCUGAUGGUCGUGUCAUUGGUGGUGGAGUUGGUGGAAUGCUUAUCGCAGCAACUCCAGUUCAGGUAAUAGUAGGGAGUUUUGUUUAUGGUGGUUCAAAAACAAAGAACAAGGCUGGGUUUGGUACAGAACCAGGGGCAGAUUCUGAGCCUCCAACAGGUGAUAAAUCAGUCACUCCUACAAGUAUUCCUCCCAUUCAGAAUAUGACUCCUACGUCUCAGAUGGGCGGGUGGCCUGGUUCACGGCCCAUGGAUAUGAGGAACGCCCAUAUUGACAUUGACUUGACUCGGGGAUAGAAGUUUUAAGAUCCAUGGACAUUGUACGUGUAGAUAUGCGAUGAUUUGCUUUGAUUGGAGUUAUUGGUAUGGAAACUCACAACUCACAAGUCGCAUCUUUUGGUGGUUGUAAGUAAUGCCUUGUACUAACAAUAUUCUUGAGCAAAUGUCGGGAAUUUUGAAGCCCUCAAUUGAAUGCUAGAUUUGUGAAAUUGAGCCAACACUUAAGAUGGGAAUCCUGAAUCCAUGCUUUGUAUUA